AUGGACUUAAUUCCCUGGAUCGACAAGAUAACUCAGGCUCUUGAGCCUGCUCAAGCAGCAUAUAAAAAUCUUUCAGAUGACAACCGAUUUAAGUUUUCCUUUCAUCGAGCAGGCCAGAGACUUAACGAAGUCGAGGCCAUCCUUGAGAAAAUAAAAUCUCUCCUUAGCAAACCCGAAAACCAGAGUGGAGACACAACAAACGGAAUGAAGUCUCUCAGAAGCUGUAAAGACACAGUUGAUAAGACAUCAAGGGCCUUUGGUCAUGUCGCUCGUGCACCGGCCGACGCCAGACUGAAAGAAUACUAUACCUAUCUCGCACAUCAGGGCCCGGAAGAAAGAGUGGAAGUCUUAGUGAAGGAAAUAAUGCAGCUUGUAUGUGAUCUAGCCCAGCAAGUCGGCAUCAAGGACUGUGUCAAACUAGAGCUGGCAGAUUUUGAAUGGCAUAUUGAAAGACUUGAGGAGGAAUUGGAAGCUCUGUCGCAGAAAGAGGAGAAAGGUGGCACCAUUUUUGGUGGUCAGUACAACGCAAAGGAUCUCGCGACGCAGUAUAACAACACUGGUACCGGAGCCCAGAACAACGGAACAGUUGGCGAGAAAUCUGGUUGA